AGCGUGCGGGGCGGGAAAGAAGAGUUGAGCGGCCGCUCCGGCGGAGGGCUCGGUCGGCCGGCCGCAGCCCCGCGGGUCGCCCUCUUGUGCCUCGCCGGCGGGCACCCUGGCCGUGGGCACCUGCGGGGCGCACGGCGCGAGGCCGCUGGGCGGCGGCGGCAUGAAGGUCACGUCGCUCGACGGGCGCCAGCUGCGCAAGAUGCUCCGCAAGGAGGCGGCGGCGCGCUGCGUGGUGCUCGAUUGCCGGCCCUACCUGGCCUUCGCCGCCUCGAGCGUGCGCGGCUCGCUCAACGUCAACCUCAACUCGGUGGUCCUGCGGCGGGCCCGCGGCGGCGCGGUGCCGGCGCGCUACGUGCUGCCCGACGAGGCGGCGCGCGCGCGGCUGCUGCAGGAGGGCGGCGGCGGCGUGGCGGCCGUGGUGGUGCUCGACCAGGGCAGCCGCCACUGGCAGAAGCUGCGCGAAGAGAGCGCCGCGCGCGUCGUGCUCACCUCGCUGCUCGCCUGCUUGCCCGCCGGCCCGCGGGUCUACUUCCUCAAAGGGGGCUAUGAGACUUUCUACUCGGAAUAUCCUGAGUGUUGCGUGGACGUAAAACCCAUUUCACAAGAGAAGAUUGAAACUGAGAGAGCCCUCAUCGGCCAGUGUGGGAAACCAGUGCUCAGCAUCAGCUACAGACCAGCUUAUGACCAGGGUGGCCCAGUUGAAAUUCUCCCAUUCCUCUACCUUGGAAGUGCCUACCAUGCGUCCAAGUGUGAGUUCCUCGCCAACCUGCACAUCACGGCCCUGCUGAAUGUCUCUCGGCGGACCUCCGAGGCCUGCAUGACCCACCUACACUACAAAUGGAUCCCUGUGGAGGACAGCCACACGGCUGACAUCAGCUCCCACUUUAAAGAAGCAAUAGACUUCAUUGACUGUGUCAGAGAAAAGGGAGGCAAGGUCCUGGUCCACUGUGAGGCUGGGAUCUCCCGUUCGCCCACCAUCUGCAUGGCUUACCUCAUGAAGACCAAGCAGUUCCGCCUGAAGGAUGCCUUCGAUUACAUCAAGCAGAGGAGGAGUGUGAUCUCACCCAACUUUGGCUUCAUGGGCCAGCUCCUGCAGUAUGAAUCUGAGAUCCUGCCUUCCACGCCCACCCCUCAGCCUCCCUCCUGCCAAGGGGAGGCAGCCGGCUCUUCAUUCAUAGCUCAUUUGCAGACACUGAGCCCUGAUGUGCAGGGUUCCUACUGCACAUUCCCUACCUCAGUGCUGGCGCCGGUGCCCACCCACUCGACUGUCUCAGACCUCAGCAGGAGCCCCAUGGCCACAGCCACAUCCUGCUAAAACUGGGAUGCGGGAACCAGCCCAGCCCCAAGAACAACUGUGAUUUUGUAUUUUAAACUCGUGGACAUUUCAUACCUGUGCAAUACUGAAGACCUCACCCUGUCCCACUGCCCUAGUGGGAUAGUCAGUGGUCACCAGGCUUGCAAAUGAACUUCAGACUGAUCUCGGGGAUAGGUUCUCGGGACCGAAGGAAGGCCAAGCCAUUAUGAGAGCACAGCACGUGCUGACUACUGUACGUCCAGACCCUCUGCCCUCUCAGGACUGCCCAGUCCUUGCACCUCAAAGUUCGCCUUUUCAUUUCAAGCGUAAGGCAAUAAAUACCUGCAGCAACGGGGGAGAAAGCAGUUGCUAAACCCGGAGAAAAGGCAGUUAUGAAGCCAAUUCAUUUUGAAGGAAGCACAAUUUCCACCUUUUUUAACUUUGGCAGUCUCAAUAUCUGUCUGUGUUGCUUCAGGGCAUAAGCCGACCACCAUGUAGUCAGGAAAGUAACCCUAUGGGGUUUGUAGGGACACAAUACAUAUGCCGAUUGGAACCCUCAUGUUUUGAGACUCCCUCUUGGGUCCAAUGGAGGCAGCUGGUUGCAGCAGCGAGACGUUGACCCUUCUGGGUUUCCUUUCACCGUGGGUUUUUCCCUGACUUUGGACUGUGGCAUGAUUCUUGUUCAUACUUGAACCUUUCUCCUUGUACCUCUCCUCAAAGCAACUCUUGUGUCAUUUGAAAAGAGUUCUUCAGACCAUAGAUCAAAAAUCACCACUUUGAGGUGGUGGCAGUGGAUGCCAGGAGAAAAAGGGUACCUGCUAUCUGGGUCGGUGGCAUUGAAACGGUCGUUUCCCCAGCUUGCUGUCCUCUUGUGUGCGUGUCUCGUCUCUUGUGACACUUGUUUUCUUCCCUGCCCCUGGAGGUUGUCUUCAAGCUGUUGACUUCUGGGAUUUGCAGAUUUUGCAAUGUGGUACUACUGCUUUUUUUGUCUGUAGGUUUUAUUUCUCCAGGGGAAAAGGCAAUAAUUUCCUAAAAUCCAUACGAAUGUGAAGAAAAGCAUUGUUGUUGUCGGUUGUUGUUGUUGUUUUUUAUAGUGCAAAAUAAAAAUAGUAAAAAGAAAAAAAGCACUUCUUCAUGUUGGAGA